AAAAUCCAUGCAGUAGGAUAGAAUUCGGAGGUAAUAUCCUGUUUUUGCUCUCAUUGACUGGCGUAUAUCUCAGAUCCUCAUAUAAAAACCACAGGGUUUACCAGAGAUGAGUCUUUGUUGAUUUAGAUUUUUACGAUUAACAUUACUCAAUUACCUCGAAUUUUAAUUAAUUCUAUUUUUAAACGUUCGUAUAUAUUUGCUUAGUUUGACCAGUUUCUCUUUACAUAAAAAUUUGGCAGUGCUAAAUACAAGAACAGUUAAGUGACAACUGCAAAAGUGUGAAUAUGAACCACGCAAUAUCAAUUGUACUGGUUGCACUAUGUGCCUGCUUACUUGCAUCUCCAGUCCCAGAGUAUUCGACAGGCGUAAAGAACGCGGCUCAGUCUGGUUCAAACAAUAUUAUAAAUACUAAUACAAAACAACAACCCUCAUUGGAAUCUAACAAUACAGAUGGUGACGAUGAUGGUGAAGAUAUGGAAACAGCUGACAUGAUUAUUUUCAGACCUUUGUUUGUGUAUAGAAAGAGGACAGCCCAGAAGUAUCGCGUCAACACUGCCAAUAGACGAAAUGAUAGACCCCAGUAUGGAUAUGGAUAUUAAGGAUAAGGUUAUAAAAAAUACAUGUUAUUAUUUAUACACCGAUCAAUGGAAAAUAAUACUCUUGCCAAAUUUUGUCAAAUUCAAAAAAUAUCGAACCUAUAAUUUUUAAUAUAAUUAAGCUAUUUAUUUCUUUUAUGUUAAAUUAUAUGUAUAAUUACUAGUUAGAAAUUCUUAUUUAUUAUUUUAUAUUAUUUAUUGAUAAAUACAUUUACAUUAAAUUGUU